AUGGCCGCUGACGGUUGCCACAUCAUCUCGAUCGCCAACUCGAAGGGCGGCGUCGGCAAAUCGACCCUGGCCACCAACCUGGCGGUAGAAGGCGCCGCCGCCGGCCUCGAGGUUCUGCUGGUCGACACCGACCCGCAGGCCUCGAGCACCCUGUUCUCGGCCACCCGCGAUCCACAGCGCCCGCCCUUCGCCAGCGUGCAGAUGACCAAGCCGGUGCUGCACCGCGAACUGCCCAAGCUCAGCGAGCCCUACGAUCUGGUGAUCGUCGACACCAUGGGCCGCGAAGGCGCCACCUUCCGCUCAGCGCUCGCCGCUGCCGACAGCAUCCUGGUACCGAUCACCCCCAGCGCCUACGACAUCUGGGCCAGCGAAGACGUCUUCACCGUCAUCGAAGAAGUCACCGCCACCCGCGAGAAUCUCCAGACCCGAGUCCUGCUCAACAUGGUCAUCCCCCGCACGGUCAUCGCCCGCGAAGCGCUCGACGCCAUCGACGACCUGCUCGCCGACCAGCCAGCCAUUCUGCUCGACAGCCGCCUCCACGCCCGUGUCGCCUGGAAAAUGGCCGCCGUCAAAGGCCUCUCGGUGCGCGAGCACGAACCCCGCGGCGCCGCCGCGAAGGAGCUGGCAGCGCUUUGCGGCGAGCUCGGGCUAUGGGCAGCUGGCUGA